GCCGCGUCGGGGCCUCCAGACACAAAGAGCUGCCAGCGGGACGAGCCCUGGGUUCCCCGCGCGAGCUAGCCCCGUCGGCUCGCGCCCCUGUGCCCAGCGCAGGGGAGACCAGAGGCGGCCACCGCCCAGCUUGCUAUGGGAUGGACGAAGAAGAAGAGAACCACUAUGUUUCACAGCUCAGGGAAGUCUACAGCAGCUGUGACACAACAGGGACAGGCUUUCUGGACCGGGAGGAACUGACCCAGCUCUGCCUCAAGCUGCAUCUGGAAAAGCAGCUGCCCAUCCUUCUGCAAACACUUCUUGGAAAUGACCACUUUGCCAGGGUUAACUUUGAGGAAUUUAAGGAAGGUUUUGUGGCAGUAUUGUCAUCAAGUGCUGGUGUUGGCUCCUCUGAUGAAGACAGUAGUUCUUUGGAAUCAACGGCCUCUCGUGCUGUCCCACCAAAGUACGUGAGUGGCUCUAAGUGGUACGGUCGCUGGAGCCGGCCCGAGCCUGAGCCAGGUGGCCCUGCAGUAGGAGCCAAAUUUUUACCAGAAGAGCAGUCCUGGACCCCUGGGAGAGGCCAGCUCUGCCGCUCUGCAUCUUUGGAAAGUGUGGAGAGUCUCAAGUCAGAUGAAGAAGCUGAAAGUGCUAAAGAACCUCAGAAUGAGUUGUUUGAAGCACGAGGCCAGCUGCCGGCUUGGGGUUCUGAGGUCUUUGGGUGUCUCCAGAAGCCCUGCAGCCCCUCCUUGGACACCCCUGAGAGCCGGGUCCGGGGCAUCUGGGAAGAGCUGGGUGUUGGCAGUAGCGGCCACCUGAAUGAGCAAGAGCUGGCCAUCGUCUGUGAAAGCAUCGGGCUCCAGGGACUGGAGAAGGAGGAACUGGAGGAUCUGUUUAACAAACUGGAUCAAGACGGAGACGGCAGAGUGAGUCUUGAGGAAUUCCAGCUUGGCCUGUUCAAUCAUGGGCCCACUUCACUUCCAGAAUCUUCCACUCCUGUCAAACCGAGCAUGUCCUGGUCUCAUUACCAGGUCCUGGAGGAGGGUGGCUGCCCAACUGCCACAACAUCGUCCCUUGUGUCUGUGUGCUCAGGCCUGCGUCUCUUGUGCAGCAUUGAUGACGGCACUGGCUUUGCAGUUCCGGAGCAGCUCAUCGCCCUGUGGGCCCAGGAGGGAAUUCCGAAUGGCAGGGAGAUCUUGCAGAGUCUCGACUUCAGUGUGGACGAGAAGGUGAACCUUUUGGAGCUGACCUGGGCCCUUGAGAAUGAGCUCAUGAUGGUUGGUGGUGCCACUCAGCAGGCAGCCUUGGCCUGCUACCGCCAGGAGCUGACCUUCCGCCAGGGGCAAGUGGAGCAGAUGGCAAAGGAGCGAGACAAGGCGAGGCAGGACCUGGAGAAAGCAGAGAAGAGGAACCUGGAGUUUGUGCAAGAGAUGGAUGACUGUCACUCUGCCCUAGAGCAGCUCACAGAGAAGAAAAUUCAACAUCUGGAGCAGGGGUACCGGGAAAGGUUGAGCCUCCUGCGAUCCGAGGUGGAGAGGGAACGUGAGCUGUUCUGGGAGCAGACCUGCAAGCAGAGGGCCAUGCUGGAGAAGGACCUGGAGCGCCUGCAGGCCGAGGAGGCCAGCCUCCGGGAGAAGCUGACCCUGGCCCUGAAGGAAAACAGUCGAUUACAGAAGGAGAUUAUUGAAGUUGUGGAAAAGCUUUUGGAAUCAGAGAAGCUGGUCUUGAAACUUCAGAAUGACCUGGAGUUUGUGUUGAAGGAUAAGCUGGAACCACAGAGCACAGAGCUCCUGGCCCAGGAGGAGCGGUUCGCGGAGGUCCUAAAGGAGUAUGAGUGCAAGUGCCGGGCAGGCUUCACACAGCUCCGCUCCUCGCCGCUCCUCAGGCAGCUGUUCUGGCUGCAGGGAUUGUCUGGCUCUGCCCUACAGGACCUGCAGGACCGCAAUGAUGAGCUGCAGGCUGCACUGGAAGGCCUGCAGGCACGGUUGCCCCCAAGCUGGCAUAGCCAGCCCCAUGCGCAGCCAGAGGAAUGGCUCCUCUCUGGACACGGACCAGCAGGCAUUUCAUUUGUUGGUGACUCCAUUCCAGUGAGUUUAGAAACGGAGAUAAUGGUGGAGCAGGUGAAAGAACACUGCCAAGACCUCAAGAUCCAGCUGGAGACCAAGGUCAAUUCCUACGAAAGGGAAAUGGAAGCGAUGAGAAGGGACUUCAUGAAGGAGAGGGAGGAGAUGCAGCAGUCCUUCAGGCUUGAGAUCCACAUGCUGGAGUGCCGUAGGGCCAACCUGGAGGUGCUGCUUAGGAAGUCUCAGGAGCUCAUCCAAGACCUGCAGGACCAGCUCCAGCAGGUGACCCGCGGCCCUCUGCCGGAGAGGGCAGACUUGGGGCAGUGCUGCAUGCAGGCGCUAUCUGGCCCGGCUGGGCUGCUGGCCCAAGAGCAGGACCUGCUGGAGCAGGAGCAGCACCAGAGGCAUCGGACUGAGUUGCCACGAGUCAGGAAAGAGGCUGAAGUUGUGCGGAACUACGAGCUCUCAAGGAUGCAAGCCCAGCAGGCUGCCCACUGUAAGCUCUUAGUGCUGCAGCCUCUGCAGGAGAAGGAAGAGGUGCUACUGAGCCCCCUGCUGCAAGUCCAUGAGGUGGCUGGGAAGGAGCAGCUCAAGGCCCUGCAGGAGGAAGAGGCCAACAUGGCCCUGGAGAGAGAGAAGGAUGACAUGAAAACCAAACGUCUGCAGCUGGAAGAUGUCAUCCGGGCUCUUGAGAAAGAAGCAGAUUCGAGAAAGAGCAACAGGAAGGAAAUCGAGGUUUUAAAGAGAAACCAGGAAAAGAGCUGCUCUGAAGUGGAAGAACUCAACAAACAGAGUCAGAAAUGUAGGGAUGAAGUGUCGCAGCUCAAUGAGAAGGUCCUUCAGCAGGGAGAGGUGGCCUCUCCCCACCAGGCCCAGAAUGAGAACUGCAUCACCAUUCAGCUAUUAACACAGAGACUGGAGGAGGUGGGGCAGUGGGAGGAGCUGCAGGGUGAGCACAUCCAAAAACUUGAACUUGAACUCAAACACAUGAAUCAGGAAUGUCGGAGCCUGAGACUGUCACAGUCACAGCUGAGAGAGACUCUUGAAGAAAGUCAAGACCAGCUGCACAGAGCCAACCUGGGGUUGAGGUUGGCCCAGUCCCAACACUCUGAGGAGGUUCAUCGGCUGCAGGAGCAGAUGCAGGGGCUGGUGCCUCGGGACCAUGUGGCUGAGCUGCAGCAGCUGCUAGAAGAGGAACGGCAGGUGGCUUGGCGGUUCCGUGAGGAGUGCCUUCUCCAGAAGGAAAAGGGGAGGCGGUUGGAGACACAAUGGGAAGAACAUGAAAAAGAGCUUAAAGACACGGAAGAGCAGGUAGAAGAGAUGGGAAUGGUUCUGAAGAAUGUGGAAAUACUCCUACAAGAAAAAGUGGCUGAGCUGAAAGAACAGUUUGAAAAGAACACAAAGUCUGAUUUGCUGCUCAAGGAUCUCUAUGUGGAAAAUGCUCACCUGAUGAAGGCACUUCAGGUCACCGAAGAGAAGCUACAAGGUGCUCGGAAGAGAAACCACAUUUUGGAGGAAAAAGUUAGAGCUCUCAACAGACUCAUCAGUAAGAUUGCUUCAGCUUCUCUCUCUGUGUGAAGAAGACUGCUUGUUUUCCUGGAAUUCAUUUUGAAAGAACAUCUUUUAAAAUUAAGCCACCAUAGUGCCAUAACUUUCUAUGGUUCAUUGGCUGUGCACCGGGCAUAGCAGGUUUCUGAUUCUUUCAUUGUUCACCUCACACACAUUUUAAAAAUGUCUGUUGUGCCAGAUGCUCAGAAAAUAGACAUGCUGGAAAAAACUACAUUUUUAUUAGUAGUCCUGGGUAAUUUCUGUAGGUAAAAUUCCCAGUUUUGCUACCAGUGGGUGAAACAGAUUAUGCCAGCUUUCAGCGAAGAGUAAAAGAAAAUGGUAAAAUUAAUUUCAGUGUUGUACUUUUGACCUUGGCUGCAGAGAGUAAAAUGAAAAAUAAGUGCUCUGGACACUUUCGCCCUUUCAUUGUUACUGCUUUGGGUUUAGAUCAUUAGCAUUCUCAAUCUGGGUCUAUACAGACAUUCUAGAAGGACUACUCACUGUGACUGUCCACCCUUCUCCACCACAGGAAGAUGUUUGAGGAGUGCCUAUUUUAUGUCUGUGGACUCAGGGAUGAGAGUAUUUAUAGUGAAUGCAAUCUUGUCCUCAAUGAAAUGUCAUCACACUGGAAAUUGUAUUAUAUAUGUAAAGAAGAAAAACUAUAGUUUUAUAUCCAAAAUAUAUGUAAGUUAUGGUCAUUUGGUUUAUGAGAACAAACUAUGAAAAGUACUAUGAAGAGUCACUGUAUUUACAAAAACUCUUUUCUAUUAAAAUUGUUUUAACUUCUA